UUGAAUGAAUGAGCUUCACUCAUCAGUGACAGCGGUCGCCAACCUGAUAUCAGCCACAACCAUGAAUUUAUUUCAAUGUACAAUGUAGUCCCAUCACGACUUAUUAGCCCUGCAGCUCCAAAUAGACCUAAUUUUACCAAGUUAAAAAAAUGGCGCAAACAACUUCCACAAUCCCACCAUGUCAGCUACAGACAAUACCAUCCUCCCUUCUAUUGGUUCAAUACUUAAUGCGAGAGUCUGCAGCACUUUUGGGCACAGACGUUUCUGGCAGUCUGGGAGUCCCCAUGGAUGACCUCACCCUAGCGCUCUCAAGCAGCUUUGCUGUGUCCACCGAGCCCAACAGUACAGCUGCCCCCCACCCUCGACUGGCCCAGUUCAAGAGCAAAUUUAGCAUCUUGGAGCAGGAUGAGAGACGAAGACGUUUUCUUGACCUGCAAAAAAAGAAAAAGGUUAAACUAUGUCAACCAUGCCCGUCGUCUGGCUGAUGGGGACUGGACACAGGCAGACAGUGAUGGGGAGGAGGACAUGGAGAAACAAGAGGAUGGGGAAGAGGAGCAAAACAGCACCGUGGAGGAAGAGGGGAUGGAAAUUGAGAGGAGGAAGCUCCCCAAGGAUUAUGCCAACCAGCUCAUGCUGUCAGAGUGGCUGGUGGAUGUGCCAUCAGAACUGGACACUGACUGGCUGUUGGUAGUCUGUCCUGUGGGGAAGCGAUCCCUCAUUGUUGCCUCUAAGGGUUCUACUGCAGCGUACACGAAGAGUGGCAAGUGUGUGAACCGUUUCCCCUCCCUGCUGCCUGGUGGAAACAGACAGACGUCUUCCAGGGGAAAGGACUACACAAUCUUGGACUGCAUUUACAGUGAAGUGGACAGAACGUUUUACAUCUUGGAUAUCAUGUGUUGGGGAGGCCACCCGGUCUAUGACUGCUCGACUGAAUUCCGUUUCUUCUGGCUUCAGUCCAAAAUGGAGGAGAGCAGUGGCCUGACACAGAUUACAAAGCGCAACCCUUUCCGGUUUGUAAGACUGGAGAGCAUGGCCUGCACUGCGGAAUCGAUCCAGAAAGUCCUAGCUGACGAGUAUAGCUUCAGCGUGGAUGGUCUGCUUUUCUACCACCGCGAGACACACUACACUCCCGGUAGCACACCGCUGGUCGGCUGGCUUCGCCCGUACAUGGUCACUGACAUCCUGGAUAUAGAGGUUCCCGUAGGACCCCUCACAGCUAAACCAAAAUACGCAAACCACCAGCUGAAGCAGAUCUUAGAACACAAAAAAGCAUCGAGCGAAGUGCGGCCGGCCAACAGUAGCGGAGGUUACGAGCUGGAGUACCUGUCUACACCAAGAGAGGGCAGUGGAGACUCCGCAGAUUUUCUGUGUCAACAACCUACAAGAGAAGCAAACAUGGAAGUCUGAGUCUGACCAGAUACAGCUGUCGUGUCUAUACGCGCCGUCUGCUCAAAUAUCGCAUUUAAUCACGUGUUCUGCAUGGUCCUGCAGAACUGACACGUUGUCAAGCACAGCUAAUUCUAAUCCUGCACAGUUCAGGUUUUCUGUACUCUGCAGAUUAGUAGAGCUCUGCUGUGUGCGUUAAUUUCCCCCUGAAAACAUUCGGCUUUUUACAUGUCUGCCACAGCCGCUGCUAUUCAUUGGGUGAUAAUGACAGUAUUACUCUACUGUACUUAUGAUGUCACUCAGUCAGAUCA